AUGUUCGGCGCAUUCCGCAUCACGAAUCCUCUCUCAGGUGGCCUUCUUUGGAAAAUCCCCUGGCGGUUGUCCAAGUUCCAGAAACGCCGCCAUCGACUUCGCUUGCGAGCCGUCGACAAUGUUGUAGCGACUGUUGAUGCAGCUCUCGCCAAGAAAGGACAGACCCUCGAAGCUCUUGACCGAUGGAAGGCUGAGAUGCCCACCGAGGCCGAGAUGCUACCAAAGGACAAAUAUACCAUGUUCGAUCGCAAGGCCAAGCGUUACCGCAAGGGCAUUCACAGUAUGCCACUCUGCUCAGAUUACCCAACUGCCCGGAUUUCAAUGUUGACAAUUGCACAGAACUGCCCAAGUGGACAAGGGUUUCCCAGCGAAUCAACCCUCCUGGCUACUAAAAAGUCGAUUUUGCAGAAUUGGAAGCAGGACAAUCGAGUUGAGGAUCUAACGGAGAACGGCGUAUUCAUCCCAUGGCGGGAAUUGCUGGCAGAUCCGCAUUGGGAUCUAUGUACAACACCAAUGUUUCACCUACGAACUUGA